AUGCUUCAAUGUGAUACUAACUAUUUGGCCGUCAUCGGCGGCGCCACCAGUGCCACGUGUCAAAGCAAUGGAUUAUGGUACCCGUCGACUCUUGCCACGUGUCAACGAGCACUCAAAGAAAUUCUCGGAGCCGAGUGCCUUGCUGGAAUCGCUCCAGUACUCGGAGCCACAAUGACCUAUUCGAAUGGUCAAGCACUCGGACCGUAUCCAUCGGCUACACUGGCCACAGCGACAUGUCAAGCUGGAUAUGUGCCUAAUGGUAUCAUGACAUCUUCAUGUACAAAUGGCGUCUGGACACCUGCAUCUCUUGGAAUCUGCGAACUAACUGGAAACGAACUCGGCGGAACCACUUGUGGACGUCUUGGAGACCCUCUAUCCGGAACCCUUGUCUACAGUGCCCUAGGACUCGGACCAUACCCCUCCGGAACAUCAGCUACAGUACUCUGUAACAUUGGAACAACACUUUCUGGAUCUCCAAGUGCUCUCUGUACAAAUGGAGUCUGGAAUCCAUUGCCGGGAACUUGUGUUGCCGCACUUUUGAAGAGACCACCUGCGAAAGGAGUUCCAAAAGGAGUGGAGACUGAGCAAUCGGUCACACCUGCCAAUGAUGUUCCAAAGGAGGCGAAAAAUGAAACAAGUGUUGUCCGGGGAGAUCUGGUUUUGUCCGGAGAAAAAUGCCCGCCACCAAUUGCACCGGCAUUCGGAGAGAUCACCUACUCUGGCUUCUCGUCAAAAGGAACAUUUGACGAUGGCACAACUGCUGCACUAAAAUGUAAUCUGGGCUAUAAACCAACGGGACCAUCAUUCUCAACAUGUCGAAAAGGAUCAUUCCGUCCGAUCAUCGGAAAAUGUUCAAAUGGUUCAGAAAACGGUCUUCCGGGUGUUUGUGUACCUUUAAGUCCACCGAAAAACGCCCGAAUUGUGUAUAUUCAAAGUGGAAGCUCGUUGGAUUUCGAGGAUGGGACCACUGGAUUACUGUACUGUGAAGAGGGAUACGCGGUUACUGGAAUUGCUACUCUACAGUGUCAAAAUGGACAAUGGGAACCACAAAGUGGAUUUGGAAUGUGUGAUACUAUUUAA